UGCUGUGGUUUGACGGAUGCUGAGCUGGUUUCAGUCCCUCCCCCCUCACUGGCCCGCGGAGUGCUCAUCCAUGGUGCCAACAGACGGACAUUACACGGGCGAGGAAAACAACAAACAGCCUCCAUCAUAAUUAUCACCACUGCAGGUCCGUGUUAAUGUGUCAUGGCAAACAGGGGACCAAGCUAUGGGCUUAGCCGUGAGGUCCAAGAGAAGAUUGACCAGAAGUAUAACGUGGAGCUGGAGACCCGGCUCGUGGAAUGGAUCCUGAUCCAGUGUGGUGACGACUUGGAGCGACCCGAACCUGGCAAACAGAACUUCCAGAAAUGGCUCAUGAGUGGAACAAUUCUCUGCCGGCUCAUCAACAGUCUAUACCCCAGCGGUGAGGAACCAGUUAAGAAAAUUACAGAAACUAAAAUGGUCUUUAAACAAAUGGAGAAGAUUUCUCAGUUCCUGCAGGCUGCCGAAGAAUAUGGUGUUAACAGGGGAGACAUAUUCCAAACUGUUGAUCUUUGGGAAGGAAAGGACUUGGCGGCGGUCCAGAGGACACUGACGGCUCUGGGAAGCGAAGCUCUCACAAAGGAUGAUGGACAUUACCGCGGGGACAAGGACUGGUUUCACAGGAAAACCAGGGGCCACAAGCGGGAGUUUUCAGAGGAGCAGCUGCGUCAAGGCCGGAGUCUUAUCGGGAUGCAGAUGGGAAGCAAUCGUGGAGCAUCUCAAGCUGGCAUGUCAGGGUACGGCACCCCGCGGCAAAUCAUGCGGUACGACUCUCCUCGACACAAUGGAGAUCAGAGCAAUCCCUAAACACGGAGCCGAAACUAGUGCUCCAGUUGUGGGAUGAAUGUGUACAUGUGUAUAGAUAUACAGUGAACUAAAGUUGCGCUUAAACCAGUCCUAGUGUUGUCCCUUCACCCACAAUGCACCAGUGCCGUCUGUUAUUGUUUCUCAGGCAAGCUGCAGAUUUUGUCCAAUAUGUGCAAAAUAAAUUAAAUAUUAGAAUCAACUAUAUUAAAGGGAUAGUUCACUUUGAAAUUAAUUUUUGAUAUGUUUUAG